AUGGCAAUACCGUCAAGGAAGUCAUCGGAUCAUGAAGGGAAAGGCUCUUCCGUAGACCCAAAAAAGAGCUGCAGUCCUAUUCUCACCCAAACCCACCCAAUGCCUAAGCCGACCCAAGGACGCCCUCGCCACCCAACGCUGUCGCAACAAAAGAACGGUGAUUUCCUUGACAUCUCCUUGACAAGUAGUGUUUCAAGUAAGGGGAAAAAGAAAACAAUGGAAUAUCUAAAAUCAUGA